AUGGAGCAUGCAGUAGAGGCACCGCAACCGCCAAUAAGUCUAAGUAAAUUCCUAGACGAAUUUAAAAAGAGCUAUUCAUCAGAAGGCACUGUGCCCUUUUACUUUGACAAGAAGUUAUCCUUCAACGAGGAUGUGAAGGCCAGUUGCUCUUUGGAGCUGCUCGCCUCUCCAGACGACAAUUUAAUUACCAACUUCGAACCUGGCACGGAACUGCAACGCCCCCAAGUCCCAAAGCCGCAACCAAAUAAACAUAUACCCAAAAUCUACACAGCCAUCAGUGAGCAUAAAGCAAGUUCACGACGUAAUCCAUUUUCCCGAAGUCAAUAUAGUUAUCGCCUAGUGCCGGAACCGAAGUCCAAUGGAGCUGUAAUACUUGAGGAGUUCGAACUUCAGAUUACAGCCCGCAUCUAUAGACCACCACGUACCGCACAUCGCGACUACAAACUGGAGCGUCCUGUCUUUGCCGAGGAAUUCCUCUGCUUGGGCUCCAACUAUCUAAGCGAGUUGCGUGACAAAAUCAACUGCGUUUGCAAUGGUCGGAGGUUGGUGGACAUAAGCGAGCAACCAGAUGCGGAGUUGCCAGUGCUGGACACUGAUCCUGCUUAUUUUUUCAUUUACGAUACAUUCUACAAUGACACACGCAAUCCCAACAAUUGUGAUUAUUCGCAAACCGUCUUGAACUGGGCGAAGACUGCACACGGUCUGCAACAGAAGCAAUUCCAGGUGGCGUCCAUGGAACAGACGAGAUUCAUAGAUCUCACUGUGAGUCUGGGCGCACCUAUACAAUACCUGCAUCACGGCGCCUGCGAGCAUUUGUUUGUGUUUUCACAAGUGGAAGUGUUGCGUCCUCACACCAAAUACCUCGAUCGCAGUCUGUAUCCCUUGAUGCGGGCCCUCAACAGUUUUAAUCGCCGGGCGUGCUUUUUGUGCGGUCAGCGUGCCUAUCAUUUUAUUGUGGAGCAGUCGACACGCCAGCUCUACGACCCCUCAUAUCUAUGUCGUAGUUGUUUCUACAGUUUUCACUAUGUGGAUGGCAAAAAAGUAGGAAACUUCAAGGCAUAUCGCUUGUACGACCACACAGGAGAAAGAGAUGAUGAUGAGUCCGAAAGCCAGGAUAAACAACACAGCGACAGCGAUAAUAGUUUUGAAUUAGAGGAGGCAACUUAAAUGUAUUUCAAGUUUAAUUUAAUAUUUUUUAUUUUGAUAAAAUAUAUGCAAAACAUAAAUGAUGCAUACGCGGUUUUGUUGAAUAAAUGUCAUACACACUGUAACAAUAGUUGAUCAUCGAUAUGAUCAUGUCGUUAAAUAUAUAUUUAAUUUUUAUAUACUUAUAUAUUUGUUUUGUAGUAUAUUAGCAAAAGUUAGUGUCGACAUUAGGAAUCAAAAUGCAAAUGUAACGCAAAUCAGUUGAGCUCUUAACAAAUAGUUGAUAUCUCUUUCGAGACCCUUUUCGCUUUAGUCAUACUAUAUAAAUACUUUAUAGUGUAGCAAUAUCAAUGGUUGGGCAUACAUAGAGUUGACCAAGAGCAAAUUGGGUGUAAAACUGGGGUAGUUAAUACGACUAAUUUGUUGCCAAUAACAUAUGUGUGAUGUAUUCUAUAUAAAUAUGUAUGUAUGCAUGUAUAUACGAAUACAAAUACUUAUGGACUUACAAUAGCUAAUACAGUUAUAGAGUAAAAACAUACAUAUUUAGGUUGUAGGUUUUAUAAGUUUAUCAAUUUUUCGUUUGUGCGUGUUUAAUUGCUUGUUUCCUUUGACUUGUUCAAAAAACAAAAGUUUUUCUGCGUUUCCUUUCCUUGCAAGCAAUACCAUCAAUAUCAAUUACUUUAUUAGUAAUAUUUUGGCAGUGCCUUUAGCUGCCUUGCGAACCUCUUUGGUUUUGUCACUGUCGUUUUUAAAGCUAUCACCAGCAGCUGAUACUUGGCAAUGUAUUGUUGGCCUAGCUUUGGAAUACCAAUUCACGCUCAACGGACAGAUACUCCAACAUUUGCGCCGGCACCGGCAACUUGGCCAGAUCAGCCAUUGGCAUUUGUCGCUGCAGCACACGACGGCACAAAUCCUGCAGCUUGGGCAUAUUCAAGUAGCGGCUCAACGGAUACUUGAGUAUGACUGGAAACGGUGGCUGCAUUUCGUUUGGCACUUUCACAAAGCAUACGAAAUUAUCGUUCGUACAGCGAUGCAAAAUGUCCUCGAUCAUCUCCACAAUUGAUUCAUAUUUCAAUUCCUCAAAGUGCCAAAAUUGAUCGCGAUAUUCCAGGCGAUAAUGUAACGUCACAUUGACAAUGCGAAAGCUGAGCGUAAAUUGGGAACCGCUCGUUUCGGAA